UCAGCGAUUCCCCUAGCUCACCACCAGCGCCAUGGAUAUCCACCGUUGUCGAUUCGUGCCUUUUCCGCCUUCCACGAUCAAUGCGCUCGCAUUUUCCCACUCGCACAUCUCGAAAGACCAGAAAACCGCCCCUCCAAGAUUAGCGGUUGGCAGAGCAAAUGGUGACAUUGAAAUAUGGAACCCGCUGAGAGGAUCGUGGCUGCAGGAGACAAUAAUACACGGAGGGAAGGAUCGGAGCAUUGAUGGUCUGGUAUGGACUCAAGAUCCGAACGAGGAGGUCAACGGGAAGUUGAUCAUUGGGAAAUCCAGACUUUUCAGUGUCGGAUAUACCACCACAGUCACGGAAUGGGAUUUGCGGACUGGUAGACCUUUGCGCAACGCCAGUGGAAACCAUGGAGAGAUUUGGUGUAUAGCUGCACAGCCAUCUGCCAUAGGCGCGGCCAGCGGUGCAUGGGAAGGGCAGAAUUUGAUCGCAGGCUGCACGGAUGGAGCUUUGGUCUUGUACUCGACGAAGGAUGAGGACCUUCAAUUACAACGAAUUCUGGUUCGGCCUUCUGCGAAAAAAGCCAAAAUUAUCAGCGUUACGUUUCAAAACCGCAAUGUUGUCGUCGCAGGAUGUACCGAUAGUGUAAUCCGUAUCUAUGACAUUCGGACUGGAACAUUAUUACGAAGCAUGACACUUGGGGCUGGGCCGAAAGGAGGGCCCAAAGAGAUCAUUGUAUGGUCUGUCAAAGUGCUGAAAGACGGAACUAUUGUUUCGGGGGAUUCAACUGGAGAAUUGAAGAUCUGGGAUGGGAAGACAUACACUCUGAGACAGAGGAUAAAGUCGCAUGAACAGGAUGUGCUCAGUCUUGCGACCAGCACAGAUGGAAGCGCAAUUUUCAGUGGCGGAAUGGACAGAAGGACAGUCACAUAUAAGCCGGAUGGGAAAGCAAAACCAAGAUGGGCAGAGGUUACGCAUCGAAGAUUCCAUAACCACGAUGUAAAGGCAAUGGCAAGCUUCGAGGGUUGUGGAAUGAGUGUUGUUGUGUCCGGAGGUCCUGAUGCAUCCCCAAUCGUUACACCUCUUGGACAGUUCGGAUUCGAAAACCAACGAUCAUUACCCUUCCUUCCACAAGAAUUAACACUUGGUAGCUCACCAAGGAGGAGACUGAUUCUGAGUUGGUGGGAUCGAGAAGUACACAUCUGGAGAGUCAACAAAACUGCGGCACCUACAAGCGACGAUGAUGACGAGAAGCCAGCUGUUAAGGGACGAAAACUGGUCGCCAAAAUUCUGAUCAAAGGAGAAGCAUACAUCACAUCCGCCACUCUCAGUACAGAUGGCAGUCUUCUGGCAGUAUCAACCACAGAAGAGAUCAAAGUCUUCCAAUUACGUCCCAGAACAGAGGAGGAUGGUCUCAAAGUUUCAAAAGUCGCUCUACCAGAGUCUUUCUCAUCAGGUGCACGACUCAUUCAAUUCUCACCCGAUGGAAAAUGGCUUUCCAUAAUCCGUCCAGACAGCCACAUCCUCCUCUCCCGCAUAACACUAGAUUCGUCCACAUCAUCAACCAUAUUUCACGCCCCCAUUUCUAAAGUCUCCCGUCUCGACCGUCAAGUCGACAAAUUCACUCUUCUAGGCGGCCUUGGCACUUACGACAGAACAAUAACUCAAAUCGCCUGGUCAUCAGACAGCAAGAUACUCGCCGUGAGCGACCUCUCUGGCUACAUAGACAGCUUCGUCCUUUCAGGCGUCGAAGACACGACUCAAGCGCCUCCCGCCGCCUUUUCCUCCGCCGCGUCAUCCUCAUGCGAAUCAGACAGCGACUCGGAUUCAGAAGACGAAGACUCGCCCUCCACCCCUAAACUCAUCUUCGGUCAGCACUGGACACGCAAUCCGGCUGCCUCUCUCCUACCUAAACUCCCAACUGCGCCAGUCGUUCUCUCUUUCCGUCCUGCGACCCAGAAGCAGCUAACGAAUGGCGUCGCACCGCGUCCUACGAGGAAUAAUCCUCACCCCGUCUCCCACGACUUACCGAGCGGUGAAGCACGCCUACUAGUCGUGACGGCUACAUCUGAUAUCUACGAGUUGGACGUCCUGAAAGGUGGGUUAAGUCCCUGGUCAAGACGUAACCCACCGCAUACAUUCCCAGCGAAUUACCGCAAGACGCUCGAUCAGGCGAAGGGUUGCGUAUGGGAUGUCUCCGAGGGCAAAGAGCGGGUAUGGUUGUACGGUGUCGGAUGGCUGUGGAUGUUUGACUUGGCCAGAGAUUUUACUCCGACCGGGGCAGAAGCGUCAGAUGACGAGGAUGAACUGGAGCAGCCUACAGGAAGUAAAAAGCGUCGCAGAAGACACGGCAAGGAGAACCCUUCUGGUGCAGGUGGUUUGAUCUCAGACGAGGUUUUAGGCACGGGCAUGUCUCGCAAAAUACGAAAGGUCAUUCACCAAGACGAGGAUAGAACCGUGGAAGAGGAAAUGGACUUAGUGCCUGUUCUUGACAAAGAAGAUAAUAAGGAUAUUGACGAGAGCCCGAAUCACUGGCAUACGUUUAAGUAUCGGCCUAUUCUGGGUGUGGUGGUUGUUGGUGAGGGUGAGGAGGACUUUGGUCCUGAGGUCGCAGUGGUGGAGCGGCCGAUUUGGGAGGCCGAUUUGCCGCCGAGGUUUUACGGGGAGAAGGAGUGGAGGGAUAAGAAUUCUGUAGAUUAGAGUCGUUGGAAAGAUUUUCAUGACUGAGGUGAUGGAGUUGAUGAAGUGAAAGUGUUUUUGGAGGCACACUCUCAUCGCUAGCACGUGACCAUGGAUGGCUCUGCUGCUACCUAGGUAGGUACCUAGUUACAAAGUUGAUCCCGCCGGUACUUCGUUUCUUUUGGGCCACUCCUGAUUUAAGGAUCCUGAAACUAUAUUCCUAUUAGCACGCGAGAUGCUCGAGACUUCCAUUGGACUUUGUAAUCUAUACAUGGUCUCCUCUUUUCCUUUGUUCAGUCAGUCCAUCAUCAACACAUCUUCGCUUGAUUCUUUCUUCCAUCAUCCGUAUCAGGCAACCAUCCACGAUUAUCAAGUUUAUCUACUCCCAUGAUUGCAAGCCCACAGAGUACACGAUUACGUUAUAUCAUACCAAGAUGCUGUGUCAUCCCAAGCCCUUUUCCCUUUCUCUUUCCAAUCUAUUGAAAUAGACGCGCGUCAAUCAAUCUCCUUCCUUGGGGUUUACCCGCUUCUCACCAGUGCCCAUGCUAGCAUCGCACUGGAACAAGAAUUACUGUGACUAGCAACACAAAAGAUCGUUAUCACUAGCAGGGGACUUUCUUGUCUCCUUGGUUUUACCUUGCUCUCUUAGCUACACUCUUACAUGAACUGCAGCACAUGAAGUAUAUCUUCACUUCACUUCACUUCACUUGCCGACCGAUUGACAAACAUACUUUGUGAUAUGCAACAAAACUUUAUACGGAAUUUGGUUGUGUCAUUGGCAGCUCAGGUAGAGUGCUGGGUCGGGGGAUAUGAUGGCAGAUUGGGUGGGAUGGUGGUGGGUUGAGGUGGAAAUGUGGAACUUUGGAACUGUGGAAGGAGGUUCUGAUAGGUUGGUGGUAGAGGAAAGUCGGUGAGCUGGAGGGGAAGGGGGAGAACGCGCGUCGGGAGGAGGGAUGGGAUGGCUUGGUACUGUGUUGUGCUUGUUUUGGCGAAAAGAUUGCGGCAUGGGGAGGAAAGGUUGGUGGGAGGGGAAAGUUGGGUUUUAUGUUGCGAGGAUGAAGCUUAGGUAGGAGAUAGUACCAGUGGCCAUAGGAAAGAUUAGUAGAAUGUUAAUGGCAGGCGGGAGUACUGGACUACAAACAUGUUCUGUGACGGCAACGAACCUUCAAACAAACUGCUCACACAAUACUUUAUUCGGCGAAAGUUCUGCCUAGCCAAUGAUCAUCUUGGCCACGGAGAAACUUUUCAAGGCUGGCAUUGGGAGUGAAUCUAAAAUGGGGGAUGGGGCCAGAAGGAGCCUGUAAUAGUGAAUUGGCGCAAGUGGGACAUAAGAUUGGGAAAUUGGCAAAUUGAGGAGAGGGACGGUCGCUAAUGGAUCAACAGGCGCGGUCGGUGCGUGUAUUAGAUUAUUAUGUCACUGGAUUGAUGUAUUACGUUUGGUGUAUGUUUGACGAGUAUUGUUGAUGUGAUGACUUCGGAAUGUGGAGGGUAUGAGAGAAGGUAAGUGGGAAGAGAGGGCUUGAAAGAUUGAGAUUUACUCAUGGC